GCAACCAAACACCCUAGGAUAACAUUUUUAUGGGUAACCAUUUGUUUUCCUUCAUCUCACGCUGCGCAAAACCAAACGGACACUCAAAGUCCGAACCAGGUCGGAAUUUACAGUACAGAACUACAGAUUCUUGUAGCCCAGCCAAUUCCAAGUUUCCAACACCGAUAGGCCAACUUAACCUUCCAUUCCAACCGCAGACGCAGUCAGGUUUUAUUUUCUAAACACAGAAUGACGGAAACAGAGUCUUUCGACAGACAGGCGAAACAGUACAGACGUCUAACAUCUCCCGAGUCCCAACCUUCUCCAAAGAUGGAGGACCCCCAUGAACGCCUCCAUUUUUGGGGAAGCACCCCGGAAUCAGAGGAAGAUUACUACAAAUCUAAAGGCAUCCGUGGAUCCAAAUCGUUCUAUACCUCUCCCAGAGGCCUCUCCCUCUUCAUCCGAUCAUGGCUGCCACUCUCCUCCCAUCCACGUGGCAUCGUCUGUAUGGUUCAUGGAUACGGCAACGACAUCAGCUGGACCUUUCAGUCCACCCCAAUCUUCCUUGCGCAGAAGGGUUUCGCCUCCUUUGCUCUUGACCUCGAAGGCCAUGGCCGCUCCGAGGGCCUCAAGGGAUUUGUCCCUAACGUCGACCUCGUCGUUGACGAUAUCUUCUCCUUCUUCAAUUCGAUUAAAGAGAAGCCCGAAUAUCAAGGAUUACCUUCCUUUCUCUACGGAGAAUCGAUGGGUGGAGCCAUUUGUCUCUUGAUUCAUUUCAGAGACCCCAAGGCCUGGAACGGUGCCAUUUUGGUUGCGCCCAUGUGUAGAAUCUCUGAAAAGGUGAGACCCAGAUGGCCAAUUCCUGAUAUCCUCAUUUUCUUUGCGAAAUUCAUGCCCACAUUGCCAAUCGUUCCCACAGCCGAUCUUCUUGAUAAGUCCGUUAAGGUUCCAGAAAAGAAGAUUAUUGGGGGAAAGAAUCCGAUGAGGUACCAGGGGAAGCCAAGAUUGGGCACUGUGGUGGAGCUUUUACGGAUUACUGAUUACCUGAACAGAAGGCUCUGCGAUGUGAGCCUCCCUUUUCUUGUUUUACAUGGGAGUGCAGAUGUUGUGACUGACCCAGAAGUAAGCAGAGCUCUUUAUGAAGCUGCCAAGAGUGAGGACAAGACUAUAAGAAUAUAUGAAGGAAUGAUGCACUCUUUGCUGUUUGGAGAGACAGAUGAGAAUGUUGAGAUUGUUCGUGGUGAUAUCUUGUCUUGGUUGAACCACAGAAGCGGUGGAGAAGUUGCAGGUGGUCAUGAUAUCCUAUCUUGUCAAAGCCUGCAUGAAUGUUGAAUGCCGACUUACGGUUUAGCUUAGAAUGCGUGUCAUGCCAAGGUUCUAGAAGAGAUUCUAAAAAGCAAAGUCAGUUUCACCGAAAUCAGAUUUUCUCCUCCCGGAGCGUUCCUUACUUACACCAACCUUGCAGCACAUCGCAGCCGUGCAUUGAAAGUGCUGUGCCUGUGAGGAGUAAAUCCAGAUUCAAUUUCAAAGGGUUACUGGUAAAAAAAAUUACUUUAGCAAAAAUAAAUAGAGUUUGCAUUCUUUAUUUGCACUCCUAUACAUUUGUACUAGUAUAAAAUAAAUUUGUAUUGCUAUUGCAGACAAACGAAACCUCAGAGAUGAUUAUAUGAAAAAGACGGCUUUUUUUCUUAA